UUCUCCCUACAACGAACCACAAAAGCCACUUCACUUAACUUUCCACACCUUCUCUCCCAAACCCUCUUUUCCUUUCAUCGAUGGCUUCCCAAACCCUCUUAGUCUCCAUUGCCAUCUUCAUCACCCUCUUUUCUUCCACAGCACACUCUCUCACAUGUAAAUCUCCGAAGCUUUCCGGAUCCCAAACCUACGCUAACUGCACCGACCUCUCCGCCCUCGGCGCCACCCUCCACUUCACCUACAACGCCACCAACAGCUCCAUCUCCGUCGCAUUCUCCGCCGCGCCUCCGUCCAACGGGUGGGUUGCCUGGGGAGUCAACACCGCCGGCGGCGGCAUGAUCGGAGCACAGGCACUCAUCGCCUACAAACACAGCGACGGAAAACUCGCCGUUGACUUGUACAAUCUCACCUCGUACGGCGGCAUUGACCCCGUCAAGAAACUCUCCGUCGACACCUGGGACGUGUCGGCGGAGGAGUCUAGCGGCGCCGUGACGAUCUAUGCGGGGGUUAAGAUUCCGGCAAAGGCUGACAACGUUAGCCAGGUGUGGCAGGUGGGACCCGUGGUGAGCGGGAAACCAGGAAAGCAUGACAUGGGGAAAGAGAAUCUUGCAGCGAAGUCAGCGCUGCCGGGAACCGCUGCGUCGGCGGUGGCUCCGGCGCCGGCAAGUGGUUCUGGUGGGAACACCACGGGCGGUGGUAGUAACAAGAGUGGUGCGGCUUCGUUGAUGGGUGAGAGAUUCAGUUUGGGAUUUUACCUUACUGUGAUUUUGGUUAUGGCGGGUUUCUUGAGCA